AUGCAGCCCGUCGCGUUGCCGCCGCUGCCAACGCAGACGGCACGGCUCGCCGCGAUUAUGAGGCCUCCUCCUCCUCCGCCUCCUCCCUCAGAGGCGCCGGGUAGAGUCCCACCGCCAGCGUCCGCACCCAGGCCCCGGCCAAAAAACGAGUUGCGGCACCUGCAACAGCUGAACCAUCGAGCCCGCAAACGGCGGCAGCAGCAGGAGGAUCACGGUGGCGGGCAGGACGGGGCCGGGCAACGGAGGCCCGCAGCAAAACGGCGCAAGGCCGCGGCAGGCGCCGGUGCCGGUGGUGCAGCCAGCAGGCCUCCGACGAAGAGCCCGGCAGAGGAGGAGGAAGAGGAGGAGGAGGACGGGGAGGAGGAAGACGGGGAUGCCGGGCGAGCUGCUGAGGUGCUGGUUGGUGAUGACGGGGUUCAGGGCGUUGGUAUAGGAGGUGGAGAGAGGGAGGACGGCGCAGGCGCAGCUGGCGCCGGCAGUGGUGGCGGCGGCAGUGGCGGCGGUGGCUUAUCCACGGGCAGGGCGGAUCACGCUGCCAAGCCGGGUUCAGCGGCGGUGGCGGCGGCGGCGGCGCUGGACAGCGAAGCGCAGGCGAAGGGGAUUGAAGAGGAAGAGGAGCAGGAGGGCGCAGCACGGGUGCUAGCUCCGUGGCUUGGGAGCGGCUUUUUGGGACAUGGCGCACUGCCGGCCAGCCAGCCGCGCCCGUCCGAGGAUGUCUGGGCAGCUGACGUGAUGGCCGGUCUUAGCGCCCCCGACGACGUGCGGGGCGCAGCUAGUCGUACUGUUGCGGUGGCUAGCGGCGCCAUCGGCCCUGAGGUGGCGGCGGCGGUAGCAUCGGUUCCGGCAGGAUCUGCACGGCCUCGCGGCCCGUUGCCGGCGGCAGCCACCGUAGCGGCCGUCAGAGCCGCUGCGGCGGCGGCGGCGCCGCCACCGUUGCCGUCCGGUGCGGCGGGGAUGCAAGCGCCGGCUGCGGUUGCGGUCACAACCGGUGGAGGUACGUACGGCGGCACGGGUGCUGGCGCGGACUGGUUGACCUGGGCAGCUGAGGAAGACGAAGGAGGGCCCUGUGGUCGUACAGAUCCGGCUGUGGACCUUGCAACCGGCGCCGUACACAAUCAUAUUCCCCACGUUGCGUCGUCAGAUGCGGCAGCGGUAGCCACAGCGCCCGUGGCAUCGCGCGCCUUGAGAGGGUCGGAGGGAACCGAUGGAGGCGCGGCACCGCCACAGUCACAGGAACUGGCUCUUGCGGCGGCUUCAGCGCCGACGUCGGCGUCGCACCUGGACUCUGCUGUCGCACCUGGCGGCGGCGGCGGAGGCGACGACGUCAAAUUGGUUUCGUCGACGUCGACAUUCGCAGUUGCGGGUGGGGUUAACGAAACCAAGGCUCAGUUCGGGGCGUCCGCCGUCCCGUCCUCCGUACGGGGCAGUUCAUGGUUGCAUCAGCAGCUGGGGGAUCCCGUCUCAGUGCCGCUGAAAGGUCAGCAGCCGACACAGCUCAAGAAGGAACAGGAACAGCAGCAGCAGAUGCAACUGCAGUGGCGGCAGCAGGUUGGGGAUGAGGAGAUGGCCUGGGCAACGGGGCUGCCGCCGCCGCGUCCGGCGGAAGGAAUUCAUCUUGAGGAAAGCAUUGCGGAAGAAAUGAAGGAGGAGGAGAUGCAAAGUAAAGGGUUGUACAGCCAGGACGACGAUGAUGAUGAUGAUGAUGAUGAUGAUGAUGAUGAUAAUGACGAUGGUGACGAUGAGGAGGAGGGGUACUACGCAACCAUAGCUCAAUGGGCGCCGUCGCUGGCGUAUCAUCCAGCGGACGUUGGCGGCGGCAUGGACCGCGACGCGGAGGAGGUGGGCCGCGGAGGGCGAAGUCGCGGCCCCGGCAGAUCUGGGCGUCAGCCCCGCGGCCGAGACCGCGGCGCGCAGGGCGACGGCGUGCAGGGGAAACAACAGCAACAGAAGCAGCAGCAGCAGCAGAAGAAGAAGGAUCGCAAGCAGCAGCAGCAGCAGCAAACGCAGCGGCUGUCAGGCCGUAAGCGAGGUGCUGCUGGACAGAUAUCUGCCGCCGUCACCGGCGGCACUGCGGGCGCCGCCAUGGCGCCGGGGACGGCGGCGGUUACGGCCGCAGCAACGGCCGGGGGUACGGAAGUGGGCCUCUAUGCCGACGUUAAGGCCUUCCAGCGGCAGCAGCGCAAGGCCCGCUUCCUUAAUGGCGGCGCCGGACCGGAAUCCACCAGGCCUGUGCCGGAAAUUCGCGGCCCGACGGAGUGCAAGUUCUGGCGGCUGGGCCGCUGCGCCAAGGGCGCUGACUGCGCCUUUGCCCACGUGGGCCGCCCGGUGACCCGCCUGCUGCCCUGCCGCUUCUGGCGCCAGGGCCGCUGCCAGCGCGGCGAGGUGUGCAGCUUCAGCCACGACCCGCAGCUACCGGAACCUUGCGGCGGCUUGCUGGAAAACGGCGCCUGCCCAGACCCGGAACACUGCCGUCUGGGCCACUACACACCCGAAGACAUGGACAACCUGCGGGAGUACUUCCGAGACGUGGCGGCUCGUGCCGCCACCGCUGCUGCAGCUGCCGCGGCGGCGCCAGGGGCGGCCGGCGGCGUCGCGAGCGGUGCACACGGGCACGGGGCGCCCAAGCUCGAGCCCUCCGAUUCGACGGCGGCGCAGCAGGGUUCCAUGGCGUUGCCCGUUGGAGCUCCCGCAGUACCGAUGGGCGGCUGGGGCCCGCAGCCGGCAGCGGGGCCGGCACCUGCCGCUGGCAUGCUCCCUGUCCCGUACCUGCGGCCUAUGCAGCCUGUGCUUCAACGCAUGGUGAAUGGCGGUGACGAAGACUUCUGA